UUGGCGAAAAGCAAGGAGAUUUACGCUACUGCCGAGAAAGUCAAAAAGGAGGUCGGAAAUGUUGAUAUCCUAAUUAAUAAUGCUGGAGUUGUUACUGGAAAGAAGUUAUUUGAUUGCCCUGAUGAUCUUAUGGAAUUGACCAUGGCUGUAAAUACUAAUGCACUUUUCUUUACUGGAAAAGCUUUCAUUCCAUCUAUGAUAAAUAAUAAUAAGGGACACAUUGUGACCAUUGCCUCUAUCGCUGGAAAAGUCGGAGUCUCUGGACUGGUCGACUAUUGCUCAUCAAAACAUGGAGCUAUUGGAUUCCAUGAAUCUAUGACUAACGAGAUUAUUCAUUUGAAGAAAGACGGAGUUAAAACUACUGUUGUUUGUCCAUAUUAUAUUGACACCGGAAUGUUCGAUGGGGCUCAGACCAAGUCGCCCACUCUUCUCCCUGUCCUUGAGCCUCAAUACGUUGUUGAUAACAUCAUGGAAGGUGUCUUAACUAACCGUGAAUUUGUUGCUGUCCCUAAGUUCUGCUAUGUAGUUAAUGCUGGCAUGAGCAUCUUCCCUUCUUCUGUAUGCCAUCUUUUGGCUGAAUACUUCGGAACUAAUGAUACUAUGGAACACUUCACCGGACGUAAACAGAAAAAGUAG